AACUCCCAGAAUUCUGGGAUAGCUGGCUGGAGAAUUCUGGGAGUUGAAGUCCACAAGUCUUAAAGCGGCCAAGUUUGAAGACGUCUGAUAGAGACGAACAUCCGGGGAUGUAGCUGUUCCGGAAGUGCGCCAGAUAGAUCGCAUUUCCAGGGAAACAGAAGCAGAGAGCUAAGGAGAAGUAGCUCUUCGAGUACAAAGCCUACCAGAAUCAAAGGGGAGUUUCAGAAAUGUCAGCACCAUCUAUGAAAGAAAGGAAAGCCUGCUGGGAUGCCCGAGAUUUUUAUUGGAAAUGCUUAGAUGAAAAUACGAAAGAUACAUCAAAAUGUGACAAAUUGAGGUGCUCUUUUGAAAAUUUAUGCCCACAGCAGUGGGUUAAAUACUUUAAUAAAAGAAGAGAUUAUUUACAAUAUAAGGCACAAAUGGAAUCAGGACAAUUUCUGCCUUCAGAGAAAACAGAGAAGUCAUAGCAACUAGAGAACUUUUACAAUACUGUACACGAGGGAAGUUGCAAAAAAACAGCAUAAUUGAAGAACAUAAAUGUUGGCACCAGCAAUGUCCUAUAAAUUUUAAGACUUGUUGUUGUUUAUAAAUCUCAUCCUGGCCUGAAAGCUCCAGCUUGUUAUUUGAAAUGCUUAUUGGAGAGAAGAGGCACUUAGGAAAAUAUGCUUACCUUUCACCACUAAAAGACUACAUCAUCAAUAAAAUCAAAAUAAAUGAACUGUAUAAAUUCAAA